AUGACGACGCUAUGGGGUGCGGCUAAUGAGGCUGCGUGGGCUGCAGCCUGGGCGAGCUACGGCUCGGUGCUCGCCUCCGUGCAGAAGAGCGAGCUGGCGGAGCUGGAUGGCUGGUAUCUGGCCUCUUUUCCGCCGAUUCUGCGGGCGCGCGAGCCCGAGCCAUUCGUGCAGAAGCAGGAGCUGCAGCGCCUCAUGGAGUGGAAGCUCAAGAAGGGCAAGUGGAGACCGCAGCUCAUGAAGUUCGUGAGUAACUUGGGCGAGAGCGAGGUGGAGCAGGCAUCGCGAGACGCCUUCAAGCAGCUUAAGGCCGGCGAUCUUCGAGCAGCCACGGAGGAGCUCUGCGCACUUAAAGGGGUGGGGCCUGCUACGGCGUCGGCGGUGCUGGCAGCGUACGAUGAAAGCGUGCCUUUCAUGGCGGACGAAGCGCUCGAGGCCAUCGCCGGAAUCAUCGGCCCGCGCAAGUACACGUUGCCGCAUUUUCUGAGCUUCGCGGAGCAGUUACGCGCCAAGGCAAAGUGGCUGAACGAACAGCGACCUGCAAACGACGGCGAGGAAGCCGGAGCCUCCGCGUGGACAGCGCAGCGCGUGCAGUUGUCGGAAGCGUGA